AUGUUUCUCACAUGCUUUGUCAAAUUCUCUGGGUGUCCAUGCUCUGAGUGGUUCAGGGUCAUGGCAGUUGCGGGGGUGGCUUGUGUCGUUGGGGGCCAUAACCUCUUCCAUCUUAGCAGAAGCAGAUCUGCUGAUGGGGGUGGGGGAAGGGUUAAUCUGUCUUUUGAACCUGAGCAGGAGAAACCCAAGUCAACCACAGGCCCCACGGUUUCUCUGCCUGCUCUGCGCAUGCUGUCUGCUGUGUCUGUGGAGGAAGGAGGCUUUGAGGCUGAGAGCAGUCAGCAACAGGCCAGACAAGAACACGCCCCUCUGCGGCAAUGCGAUACCUCCUCCUGGCCGCACGAUGGCGCUGAGCCCGCUGGAGAGCAGGGGCGGGGGACCCUGAGCGCGGCGGCCACUUUCCGGACAGCCGCGGCUCUGCCAUCUGUCACCCUGGCCCUUCUCUGCUUGGACGGUGUCUUCCUCUCCUCGGCCGAAAAUGACUUUGUCCACCGGGUCCAGGAGGAGCUGGAUCGCUUCCUGCUGCAGAAGCAGCUAUCCAAGGUCCUUCUUUUCCCCCCAGUCUCCAGCCGACUGCGGUACCUGAUCCAUAGAACAGCAGAAACUUUUGAUCUCUUGAGCAGCUUCUCUGUUGGGGAGGGCUGGAAGAGGAGGACAGUCGUCUGUCACCUGGACAUCAGGGUACCCAGUUCAGAUGGCCCCUCUGGGCCCUGCCGCCCUCCUGCCUCCCAUCCCAACAAGUACCGUGGUCCUCGGUACACCUCACAUCAAGGAGCAGCUGCUGGUCCCCGAGGUGCUCCUGCUGGCAGGUGGCAUCGUGGACGGAAGCCGGAUCAGCCUUUGUAUGUGCCCCGGGUGCGACGAAGGCAAGAUGAACCGGUAGCACCCUCCGUCCCAGGCCUCAAGGGAGAGGCCCCAGCUGGUGGAGUUUCAGAAGAGCCUAGAGGGGCUGGGGACCCUGAAGCUGAUCUGGGAGUCCCUAUGUUGGUGACUCAGGGAACAGAGCUCCGGAAGAGCCCGGAUUCAGGCUAUGCAAAUGAUUCACAGCUGGAGCUGGGUGACACUGAGUCCUCUGAGAAUCCUUCUGAGAAGGAACAAGGGGUAGAGACAGUCCUGCAGCAGGGGUCCAGCCCACAGCUGGCCGUGGAGGAGGAAAAUAGGAGUCAUCUGGUGCAGAGCCUGGUGGACCAAGAGGAGGAAAAGGGAGAGGGAAAGGAGAGAGAGACGGUGGGUGAGGAAGAAGAGGAGGUAGGCAAGCAGAAAGGGAUGGUGGAUGAGGAGGAAGAGAAGAUGGAUGAGCAGAAAGGGAAGGUGGAUGAGGAGGAAGAGAAGAUGGAUGAAGAAGAAGAAAAAGUGGAUGGGGCAGAAGAGGAAGAGGAUGAUGACAUGGACCAUGGCGAUUCCAGUGAGCUGCUUCAGGAGAUCACAGCCAACCUGACCGAAAAGGAGAUUGAGAUAGAGAAAAUCCACUUGGACACAUCCUCCUUCUCAGAAGAGCUACCCGGGGAGAGGGACUUGGCCCACGUGGUGGAGAUCUAUGACUUUAAGCCAACACUCAAGACGGAGGACCUGCUGGCCACCUUCUCUGAGUUCCAAGAGAAAGGCUUCAAGAUCCAGUGGGUGGAUGACACUCACGCCAUCGGCAUCUUUCCCUGCCAGGCCUCAGCUGCUGAGGCCCUGGCAAAGGAUUUCUCCGUGCUCAAGAUCCGGCCGCUCACACAGGGGACAAAGCAGUCCAAGCUGAAAGCCUUGCAGAGACCAAAGCUUCUGCGGCUAGUGAAGGAGAGGCCACAGACAGAUUCAGCGGUGGCCCGCAGGCUGGUGGCCCGGGCCUUGGGGCUCCAACACAACAGAAAGAAAGAACUGCCUGCUGCCCAGAGUCUCCUGCCGUCUUGAGGCCCCAGACCCAGCUGUCCGAACUAGGCUGGGCCCUAACACCACACACGCCUUUACAGACCCAAGGACAGCCCCUGGCCCCCCCCACUGGAGCUGCAGUGGGGCAUGGCAGGCUUUUGUUGAUCUGGUCCCAGAAAUUGAGAAGAAAUAAAAAUGUAAAGUUGUAUUGCUCA